GGACAGACACUGGUUGCUGUGGGCCAGGACGGUGGUGGACAAACACUUGCUACCGGGGUGUAACCUCAUAUCAUCCCUGUGGGCCAGGACGGUGGUGGACAAACACUGGCUACUGGGACAUAGCCUCAUAUCAUCCCUGUGGGUCAGGACGGUGAUGAACAAACACUUGCUACUGGGGUGUAACCUCAUAUCAUCCCUGUGGGGCAGGACGGUGGUGGACAAACACUGGCUACAGGGGGGUUACCUCAUAUCCCUGUGGGCCAGGACGGUGGUGGACAAACACUGGCUACUGGGACAUAACCUCAUAUCAUCCCUGUGGGUCAGGACGGUGAUGAACAAACACUUGCUACCGGGGUGUAACCUCAUAUCAUCCCUGUGGGGCAGGACGGUGGUGGACAAACACUGGCUACAGGGGGGUUACCUCAUAUCCCUGUGGGCCAGGACGGUGGUGGACAAACACUGGCUACUGGGACAUAACCUCAUAUCAUCCCUGUGGGUCAGGACGGUGAUGGAGAAACACUGGCUGCUGUGGGCCAGGACAGUGGUGGACAAACACUGGCUACCGGGGGGUAACCUCAUAUCAUCCUUGUGGGCCAGGACGGUGGUGGACAAACACUGGCUACCGGGGGUUAACCUCAUAUCAUCCCUGUGGGCCAGGAUGGUGGUGGACAAACACUGGCUACCGGGGGGUAACCUCAUAUCAUUCUUCCAUAUGUAAAUUUUAACUUGGCAGCAUACAUCAUGAUUAAAAAGUAUAUCAUUGGGGUGUCUUGAUGACUAUUGUCUGUGAGGAAGACGUCACAAUGAUUCUGGUCAGAACAUUAAAUGAAGAACAUGAAUAAGCUAUAACUGACAAUAUUUUUAUAACAUGACUAACAGCCUAAGGGAUGGCAUGCAUGGCUGUGACCUAGGUCUUCAAUGACAUUGUUAAUUACCAUAUUCUGUUGGAGAUAUGUAAUGUGUAUUUCAUCUCACAACCUAUGAAGUGUGGAGCAUGUACGACUUGCCAACAAGGGAAUGAUUCUCCACCUGCUGAGUGUACUUUAUACACUACACUGGAAUAUUAACUCAAAGAACACAGUAGAGACAUGCCACAUGCCCACAGAACAAUUUCCCACUUAUACUCAACAAUACCUCGUGUGGAAGGAAGUAAACCAUACAUUGGCCACCACUCAAGAAAUAUUUUACACAAGAUAUACAAUGGCCUUUUUGAGAGAACAAAAUACAGCUUCAAAUAGUAUUAGUACUCUAUUGCAAGAUGAAAAAACAGCUUCUUUGAUUUGUGACAGUAUGACAACAGGCGGAUAGCAUCAUGGGAUUAAAGAACAAGAAUCAAACCUGUAUCUUCAGAUAUUCAAACAAUGUGCUGACACAAUUCGUCCACACAGCUUGCAGUGUACCUACAUCACAUCCGUGACAAUGUGGUACAUCUAAGCCUGUAUACUUCACAUAAAAAGGAACCCCAAACAAAAGAACUACAAUGCUCCAGCUUAAAAUAA